GUUCAAGGGGAACACGCCUGGAUCCCAAUACUGUGGCUUUAGCCUACCUCGUAGGUACUACAUGUCAAUGGGCAAGCCAAUCACAAGUCGGUGGUUAGCCUUUAGUAUCAUGGAGGCCAUCUCGUUAGACUACAAAAUACGAUGUGAUACGAUGCCCCCUCCUUGCCAAGAAUCAAGAGAAGAGGCUUGGACCAAGUAGGAAAAGCACCCCGAGGUGAAGAGAUGUAUGAGUUUAUUCUUAGCCACGAUGGUAAUGAUCUUCGAGAUGCGAAUGAUUGCCAAAGUGUUCUUGACUACAGAUAUCCUCUCGGUCCAAUGGCUACAUAUCGCUAUGAGGCUCUUCCGCCUGUGCCGGAAGUAGGCAAGGCCUCGCCAUUCACGCGAUUGAUGUGCCUUUCUUCAGGAACAGGCACAGAUACCCUUGAGUGUACACUGAUCACUGUCGACAUCGCGAAUAGUCCGUUGGCAUACGAAGCGUUGUCGUAUGUAUGGGGUACUGAGAAGGCUCAACAGCCCAUAAAGUGCGAUGGCAAUUACAUUCCCAUAACAUCGAAUCUACAGCAUGCCUUGCUAGCACUCCGCCACCCAACUCUCCCUCGGCCACUCUGGGUUGAUGCCAUAUGUAUUAAUCAGCAGGAUAUUGACGAGCGAGCCCGCCAGGUUGCUUAUAUGAGGCUUGUAUAUCAGUAUGCGAGUCGAGUCGUCGUCUGGCUGGGGCCAGAGACCGCAGUCACUAAAAGAGGCUUGACACGCGCUCGCGAGCUCUGCGAGUAUAGAGCCAUGCUCCUUCCAACGGCUCAUGGGGGUAAUAGCCUUCAAUCGGCAUCCCAACAGACGAACAUGCAGAUAAACCGGGUACUUCUAGAGAGUCUGAUCGCAGAAGCUGGUAGUGCUGAUGCUGCCAGACAAUCGAUGCAUGACCUUGUACAGCUUCUUGAGACAACGUACUUUGAGCGCGUAUGGUGUAUACAAGAGGUUGUAGCUUCCAAAGAGUGUAUUUGCCAAAGCGGGAAUACCAAUUUCAAUUUCUACGAUCUCCUCUCACUCACGGCACUCAUCAAUGAGCUCCGUGGGCUACAAAAGCCAUAUAGUCCGCUUAGAUUCUGGAGCCAGGUGUAUCAGCAAAGGACCAGGGAAUGGAAGCCACAUGCCUUGAAGGUCGAGUCGUCGGUUGGCAGUAUGCUACAAGUUUUGAUGAACAUGCGAAACUUCCAAGCUACAGAUCCUCGAGAUCGCCUAUUUGCCAUUCUGGGUAUUUCUGACGAAGGCCUGGAACCUGUGUUAGCCAACAUGGACGCACUUGUCUCGGGGAAUAAUGCGCGCAUAUUAUCAACGAUGCAGAAAGCAUUUAUCUGGCUCGGGAAAAAGGCAGAAGCGCGGGGGUUUCAGAGGACGGAACGAAACCCGGCGAUGACACCGAAUUAUACAAAAUCUGUAAUGGAGGUAUAUCGUGACUUCACGAGAUUUAUGAUGUGUAAAGCUACUCGUCUCCUCGACGUCCUGUCUCAUGUCCAACAUACGCGCGGUCCGACUCCGUCCAAUUCGUGGCCGUCAUGGGUACCGCGGUUCGACGAACCCCAAUCCUGCACGUUCUUCCCAGCCCGCUUGUUCCUUCCAGGCAUACCCCUCAACGGCCAUUACGCGUAUUUCGCGGAGCUCCACGAUAGUCCGUUAAGGGGGCGUCCCAUAGAGCCAAAUGUACUGCAGCUAGACGGUUUCAGAGUAGAUGGUAUAGCAUCUGUGUGCGGACCAGUCCGAUCUGAUGAGGAUGGAACACUCCCUAUUCGCCGAUUAUGGAGUGACCUGUUCGAGUUCCCACUGUUUCCACGCACGCCGUUAAAGUACAUCGGGGGUGCUGAGCAGCUCGACACUGCAUUCUUCAUAACUUUAUGUGCUGGUGGAACUGGCCUAGCAAUGACCAUGCCAGAUCAGCUAGGAGAGCUAGGUGAUCGGCUUCAGGGUCUACAGACAUUAGCGGAACACGCACGAAACCAAGCGCGCCACUGGCUCGCUUCUUUCUACGGCUUCCCAGAGUCAGCUUACCCGGAUCUAAUGCCUCAGUCCAGAGCUGUGCGUGACGCUAGUCUUAGCCCUGUUUAUUACCAUGUAGGGGUUUGGAACUUCAUACAUCAUCGCCGGGUAUUUCGCACGCAGCAGGGAUUCCUCGGGCUUGGGCCGGAUACGAUGAAGCCCGGGGACCAAGUCGUUUCGCUGUAUGGCGGACACAUGGCCUUUAUUUUGCGACAGGUUUCUGCAAGUGACUGGGUCUUGGUAGGUGAUUGCUAUUUACAUCAUUGGGAUCUAAUGUCAGGAAAGUUGGCUGAGCUUGUCCGAAGACGAAGGGUAAACAUUCCUACGGAGACUUUCAGACUAAUAUGAUUGCUGUUUCAUCUAAGUAGUAUUUGUGUAAAACAUGAAAACAACUUCUUACCCUGAGUUUACAUUCCAAGAUACAUAAGUUUUCUUAAUAAAGUAGCAACACUCCUAC